AGUGUGUGCGUGUGUGUUUGAGAGAGAGAGGGUGGUCGAGAGAGGUUGAAACGGAGCUCUCCGCCUGGAAAACAGCAUCUCUCCCUCCACUCUGCUCCUCCCCUCUUCUUCCAUCUCGGCAUCUCUCUCCCACGCUCCAGAGCUCAGCCUUCAGCUCCCCGGACCCUCCCUAAUAAUUCUCCCGAGCUGAGGUGGGCGUGCAGAGCCUCUGACCCUCUCUCUCUCGCCCACUCUCUUUCUCCGUCUCUCUCUCCCUCUCCUCAACGCAGCUACAAGGGGACCAUGGAUGGACUGCGUUUACCUCCACUCAUCGAGGAGGCUGUGGACUCUACAGGACAUCCCCUUUGCUAAUCUACGCUGUGCCCUCUUUCCCUCAGAUGACCCCUGCGAUCUAAAAGCAGAGAUCAGCCCCACCAUGGACAACGAGAUAACAGCCAAGGAGAGAGGCGUCCUGGAGGAGAACAACGAGAAGGAGGAGAUGGACCAGGAGAGGGACCGGGAGGAGGAGGGGGAGGAGAAGAAGCAGAGGGAUGAGGAGGAGGAGGGCGAGGACAACGGCAGGAAGGAGCAGGAGCCGCUGACGGAGGAAGAGGAGCUGGAGGAGCUGAGGGCCCAAGUGCUGCAGCUGCUGCUGGAGCUGGAUGACGCCAGGGAGACGUCCAACAAACACCAGGAGACCUUCAAUGAGCUGCAAGGUCUGUUGGAAGAUGAGCGUCUGGCCAGUGCCCAUCAGGCCGAAGCCUUCACUCGCCAGAUCCAGAAUCUACAAGCCCAGCUGCGUUCAGUACAGGAGGAGAUGGACAGCCUGGAGGAGGAGAAGGAGAGCGAGCUAGCCGAGGCCCAUGAGGAGCUGCGCGUGGCUCAGGAGGAGGUGAUCCUCCUGCAACAGGCCGCAGAGGAGGCGGCGGGAGAGAGGGAGAAUGACAUUGCCUCUCUCCAGGAGGAGCUGUGUCGCCGGCGGGCUGAGCUUCAGCGCCUCAGUGAGGAGACGCAGGAGUACGAGCUGGAGAUCACCACGCUGAGGGCCGAGAUCAGCAUGAAGAGUCAGCGCAGGGAGGCCGAGAGGAGAGAGGGUGACGUGGACCUGCUGAAGGAGGAGUGCCGAAUGCUGAGGGAGGAGUGUCAGACCCUGAAGGAGGACAACAGACGUCUCAGUGAGAGGCUGCAGCUGCUGCAGAGACAGAGGACGUGCUCCAGCGUCUACCUCUCACUGAAGGAGGAAGACGCAGGGGAGGACACAGAGGGGAAGGAGAUGGAAACCGGCUCUGACGAGGUCAUGACAGAGAGCUACAUGACCAUGGCGCAGUCUGGAAACUGUCGCCUGGUCGACGCCUCCAUCCAGAAGAAUAUUUCAUUUGAUGGGAAGCCGGUGACACCGACCGGCUGGAACGGAGGCGUUGGGGAGAUCUUCUCCCUGAGGGACCAGCUGAGACAGGCUGAGGAAAAGGCCUCAAAGGUUCAGAAAGAGUGUGACGGUCUGAAGACGGAGCUGCAGGAGCUGCAGGUACUGUAUGACAGCAGUCAGAGGGAGAGAGCGGAGCUGGAGGAGGAGCUGCAGCGCUGCAAGGCAGAGCUGGAGAAGCUGUCAGGGGGGGAUCAGAGAUUCAUCCAUCCGUCUGAGCACCCUGUUCUCUCCAUCCCCUUCAUAGGAAUGAUUGUAAUAGUGGCUGUGGUCUGGUGCUGGUUGUCGGAGCUGGCGUCCCAGAGAGUAAGGGGAGUGAGGUAGGUUGGAACUCCAUUUUGACUAUCACUGCGGCCGCGGCAGUGUUACUAAUGAUGACUAGCUUGUUGAGAGCUCUCGUCUGAUGUUGACUGGAUGGGCAACAACCACACAGGGACAGAUGUCUGCUUCAGACCAGCCCUCCUCGUUCUCUCCUGCCAUGUCUUAUAGACCAAACUGGAAUCCUCUAAGGCCUGAUAGAGCACACGAUUUUGUAGUAGAACGUGUUUGAGAAAUUUCAUCUGUAAUGGGACGGUACUACAUGCACAGGCAGACAGAGAAAGAUGCUCUCAGUCUCAUUAAAUUGAUGUGGGAUGAGAAGAUCAGUAUGACGAUGACCUGCAGAGAGCCCACACGGGACUGAUUUCAUGCCACUUAAUGUAUGCCAGUAUUCUGUCCUUUCUCGUGUCUGUGAAUAUCUUUUGUUUUUCUCAUAAUAAUGUGAUAAAAUUAAGGUUCUGAUUUUUAAUGUGCACCAAAUGGUUUUCAUUUUAUUUAAGUUAUUUAUUUAUUUGUUUGUUUGAAUAUUCUUCACAGCUGUCUCCGAUGAUAACGACAAACCUGGAGUCCAAACAUUUAAUACACUGAAAACCCUGAAAUGUACACAUGCCCUUAAAUAUUAACAGAAAGAGCAGUUUGCAUUUUCUGUUAAUGAGUUCAUGACUAUAUUAAUAACUUAUUAUAAAAAAUAGAUGCAAUAAAUGUGCAACUCUACAAAAAAUACAUUGGAAAUCACAAAAUCUUCAUGAAUUAACCAAUCUACCAUAUCUACUAUCCUGCCACUGUAUUUUUUUCCCCUUCCCAACAUCAGUUAAGUCCAUUGUAUACACCAACAAUAUGCUAUUAGAGGUGUAGCUUACAAAGCAUCUGCCAGUAUGAUUACAUGUAGAAAGCUGAUGUUUGGCCCAACGGGCAGAGACAGCACAUCCUCAAAAUUUUCCUGAGUUGUGCGCUUUGCUCCGAGCCCUGUCUGUCCGCCUGCUACAGCUUUAUCUUGUGUGACUCUGAAAUCAGACGACUCCCACGUCUCCCUUUAAUUAUCAGUUAACCAAGAGGGCAAAAGGUCAGCGUAGUGUUUCUGAUUCAUCCUUUCAAGCUCUCGGCUCACUUGGAAUAUCUGAACACUUAACUCCCAGAGCUGCACUGUUGCACUUAAAAUGUGCAUCUCUCUAGUUUUGUUCUGCACUUAGUAAAUGUCUCUCAGCAACUUCUGGAGCAAAUUCUGGAAUAAUAAAGCUACAUUAUGAUGAUGUCUUACAUUUCAAUACAAUGUCGAUUUUCACGUGGAGAAAUUAAGCCUUGUAUUCUCUCAAGCAGAGUUUGAAUGACUCUGUUUUUCUAAGUGUGUUGACUCAAAGAUUUAUGGGUUUUGUUAAAAGUACAUUGUGAUAAAGUUGACUGUCAACAUUCCCCAUUUUCUUUGUUUUAUGAGGGGCAACGCUCAGUUGUUUGUGACGGCAAAUUUUUCAGAAAGAUUUAAGUUGUCAAAGCAUAAAUUUUCAAAAUAUAUAUGUGGAAGGACUCUGAUUAUUGUUUACAUUUGUGAAACUUUUUGUGAAUCUCUGUUGGAACUGAAAAAAAGCAUGCUACGAAACAUAUAGAAGCACAAUAUACUGUGUGUUGGUUUAAGCUGUUUAUGUUACUUUGUAUUUCCUGUAAAUAGAUGUGACAUAUAGUACUAUUGGAGAGAUUUUUUCUUAAAUCCAUUUGUACUAGCUUUGUAGAAAGUGAAUUCUAUUUUGGGAGAGCAUCGUAUAUUUGAUAGCCAAAUGAUAUAAUGCUAUGUAAAAGUUUAUUUAUGGUUCAGAAGGCCUACUAGCAUUGCUAAUCAUUUUCAGUAGCUCUGAGUUCGAAGGUGGCGUAGUCAUUGCAUGCGUUUAGAUUGCAUUUGACCUGAGUUGCCGGAAAGAGCCAAUAUUACUCUUGGUUUUCUGUCCAUUAAAUUUCCUAAAUGAACUGAAACCAUUUCUGAGAUGUUUGUCAUUAAACAGAAGCGUGAUAAGCAAUGCCUGACCGAUGAUAUUUCUGCAUGUGAACAUACACUAGGAAAACUGUUUGCGACUGGACUGCAAAUGUUGUCUAUUUAAAAUGAUAAAUUCGCAAUAGAAGUUAGAUUCCCAUAGACUGCAAUAGUACCUGUGAAUGUUGUUGGAUUCAGGACGUUAUUUAUCAUUAUUUCUGAGCUUAUUUCAUGAAUAUUAAGAUUAUCAUAGUUUCAUAAGACUCUAUGUUGCACAGUGUUGCUCAGCUUGCUGCUUUACAUAUUGAUAGCAGUGUUGUUUCUGAUAUAUUUGUGGCUAUUUUGUUACCUGGAGGUCUAUUUUGUACUGUAAAUGACUUGAGAAAAUAAAUAUACUCACCCCA